AUGGAAACUCCGAAGAACGAGCUCCCAAUUACGCAGGAGGGACUACAUGAAGACGACGCUCGAAGCAACGAAGCUCCGCACGACGAGAGCGGUCAUACCACAGACUCAGAAGAAGCGCGGCCGCCGUUACCGCCGCGUCCUGAGAGGAUUGAUCUGCUGAAUGAAGGCAACACUUUUCGAGCUUCCCCCUCACGACCCAAUCUACAAUCACAAGCGACAACGGCGCUGUCCCUGACAGACAUUGCCGGUCAAACAAAUGCAGAUGCUAAGGAUGGUUUUGUUGCAGGAAUUGGACGAACCCUUCUAGGGCGAGGAUUGAGAGCUAGGGCUAGUCUGAGUCAAUUGAAUAGUGCUCGUGCGAGCGAGGCUGGAGACACUGCGAGCGUGAGGAGCUUCAUACCAAAUUCAGAGGAGGGCCAAGAAGAGAACCUCUUUGGCGAGUUCGCAAACGAGAAUGAUGUGCAAGACCAUUCAGAAAACAUAGAGGUUCUCGGGCUUAAUGAGUAUCCCCAAGAUGGAAUUGACGACGAAUUCGGAGAGGAAUUUGAGCACAUUGAAAUGCUCUUGCAGAAGUGGAAAGCAAAGCGGAAGCAUUAUCUCAUCCUGUCGGCUGCUGGAAAGCCCAUAUAUACUCGACAUGGUGACAGUGGCUUAGUAUCAAGCUUUAUUGGUAUAAUCCAAACCAUAAUUUCAUUUUACCAAGACGCAGAUGAUGUCUUGACAAGUUUUGUUGCUGGAGACACAAAAAUCGUCGUUCUCUCGAAGACACCGCUCUAUUUAGUUGCCAUCAGUCAGCUGCUGGAGAGCGAGAGUCAGCUCAGACUUCAGCUCGAUGCACUAUAUAUGCAAAUAUUGUCAACCCUGACUCUCCCGGCUUUAAAUAAUUUGUUCUCAAUAAAGCCAUCGACCGAUCUCAAGAGACCGCUACAGGGCACCGAAACACUGCUUUCAACACUGGCCGACUCUUUCACUAAAGGUUCCCCAACUACUCUACUAUCUGCUUUAGAGUGCUUAAAGCUGCGCAAAUCGCAUCGCCAAGUCAUUAACAAUCUGCUGCUUAAAAACAGAGCGGAAAAACUACUAUACGGUCUAGUGGCUGCUGGCGGCCGACUGGUCAGCGUUAUCCGGCCCAAAAAGCAUUCUCUUCACCCGGGGGAUUUGCAUUUACUUUUUAACAUGAUCUUCGAGGCUGGUGGUGUUAAGGCUGGCGGUGGCGAGAGUUGGAUACCUGUUUGUCUUCCCGGGUUUAAUAGCUCUGGAUAUCUUUACAUGUAUGUGAGUUUCUUGGACCUGAACGACGAGACGGGAGGACUGGUUACGGAUGAUGAUACUCUGAAAGACGGAUCUGCGGCUAUCGUUCUUAUAAGUGCCGAUAAAGAGAGUUUCUUCCAACUUCAAGAGAUGCGCAAUAACCUAGUCUCGCAAAUGCAGAAAAGUGGAAGCAUGAAGAUAAUGAAGGAAGCAAUCAGAAAGGGAAGACCGUCCCCGACAGAUAUCGUUCCAGGUACUGUCCUGAGACAUUUCAUAUACAAAUCCAAGGCCCAUGUCCAGUUUGCCAUGUCUUCAUACGAGCCAGACUUCACAUCUCUUACUAGACACAGAAGGUUAAUAUCAACGUACAACUCCCUUCAUGAAAGCGUACAUUCACGUAAUACACAAGUCAAGAUACACUAUGGCACCAGUAAAUCGGCAAGCGGAUUUGCCUGGGUUACACCGGUCUUCGAAUUUUAUUGUGUGGCUGGACCAGACGCAAAUCGCAAUGCUCUUUCGCAGAGCGCGAACAAAAUUCGUCAGUGGGUGCAACAAGAGGAAGAAAGACUCUUCAUUAUUGGCGGUGCAGUUUUUUGA